AUGAGUUCAGAAAACGCUGAGGUGCAAGCAAAACCAACUAGUACAAAGAGAGCUUUAUCUCUGGAUGAUUUAGUGAAUCAUGAUGAGAAUGAUAAUUUAAAAUUACAGAAAAUUAGUCAAUCUGUUGAAAAUGAAAGACUUCAAAAUAAUAAUACCGUACAGUCUUCAAAUCCGAUAUCAAAUGUAAUUAUCCCACAGGAAGUAAUUGUUCAACCUCAACCUCAACAACCAGUUGUGAAGUCUACCUCUUCAGUGACUUCAAUUUCUUCAAUGAUUAACAAUGAUUCAGAAACCGAUACUGAUGAUGAAGUGGGAGAAAUUAACUUUGAUUCAGGUAUGGCUUUCGAUUAUGACAAACAAGAUACAAAUUUCGUUGAAAGACCUAAACCUAAAGCAGUUACUCCAAAACAAUCUAAACCCAAGCCAAGACCAAAGUCAAGAACAACUACACCAACUUCACCUGCACCAGCAAAGACUCAACAAGAGACUGUGCCUGUGGUGGAAGUUAAGAAAGAAAUACCAUCUCAGCCAGUAGAAGAAGUAACAAAGGAAACCAAAGAAGAUCAAAGUAAUCAAACGAAGGAUAUCCCUGUUGAAAAACCUAAAGAAGAAAAAAUAGAGGAGGAAAAACAGCCAAUCGAUACCAAUGACAAUAAGAAUGAGAAGGAAUCCGAGGUUAAUAAUAUAUUUGAAGAAAAAGUGACUUCCAAAUCAAAAAGAAAUAAUAUUAAGAAGGAACUAAGUUUACUAAAUGAAAUAGCAGCUACUUCGAAACCAAAUAAAUAUAAAAACACACCAAUCUGGGCCCAAAAAUGGAAACCUACAGUAAAAGCUCUACAAAGUAUCGACACAAAGGACUUUAAAAUAGAUCAAUCAUUCUUAAACUUUAUACCAGAUGAUGAUUUGACUAAAUCUGUUCAGGAUUGGGCUUACGCUACAAUUUUUUCGAUUCCUCCAGAAUUACGGACUUUUAUAGAAAUGGAAAUGAAAUUUGGACUUAUAAUAGAUGCCAAAGGUCCAGAUCGUGUCAAUCCACCAAUAUCAUCACAAGCUGUCUAUACAGAAUUAGAUGCACAUAUGGUACCAAAUGUAGAUGAAGUUUUAUUCAAAGAAUUGAUAAAAUAUGUCCAAGGUAUUAGUGAAUUAAAUGAAAACAGAGGGAAAUUCAACAUUAUUGAAUCACACACUACAGACUCUCUCUAUCGUGUCGGUGUUGCAUCUCAAAGACCAAGAUUUUUAAGAAUGAGUACAGAUAUGAAAACUGGUCGUAUUGGCCAAUUUAUAGAAAAGAGACACAUUUCCCAAUUAAUGCUAUAUUCUCCAAAGGAUAGUUAUGAUGUUAAAAUAUCGAUAAAUCUGGAACUUCCGGUCCCAGAAAAUGAACCUCCUGAGAAAUAUAAAGACCAAUCACCUAUAAAUGAAAGAUCUAAAGAACGUAUAAGUUAUAUCCAUAACGAUUCAUGCACAAGAAUAGAUAUAACAAAAGUCAUAAAUAACAAGUUAGGGAGUAAAAACAAGGAAACUGAAACUACUCACGAAAUAGAAUUGGAAAUGAACACACCAGCUUUAUUAAGUGCUUUUGAGAAUAUCACUAAUGAUAGUACUGAAUACGCAAGCAUUAUAAGAACAUUCUUAAGCAAUGGUACUAUUAUCAGAAGAAAGUUGUCUACAUUGUCGUAUGAAAUUUUUGAAGGUACCAAAAAAAUUAUGUAA